GCAAGAUUAAACCCUAAGCACUCUCUAAUCCCUCUCCCUUCCAAAUCCCUAGAAACCGAUAGAACCUAAUUUUAGGUUCCUAUCAUUUGGUAUCAGAGCCCUGUUCUGAUCUAAGCAAAUCACCAAAGAGCAAGAUCACGUUAUGGCGGUGACAAAAUCUCAGAAGGCUGCGGAGAAAGCCGCGGAGGCGGCGGCCCGGGAGAAGGCGACCGCGACGACGGGGCAAGGCAGCGGCGACGAAGGCGGGCCAGCGGCUGCUGCUCCGGCGGUGGAACGGAACCCGCAGAACCCGACGACUCGAGCUCUGGAGUCGGUCAUGGUGGUGGACGAGACCGGGCUGAAAGAACUCCAGAUUGCAGUGGGCGAACUCCAAGUUGCUGUGAAGAGGCUGAUGGUAGAUCGAGAGGUGGUGGAGGAUAGACGUCGUGAAGAGAUGGAUGAAAUUCGGCGAACUCUAAGCAAACUGACGCUGGACGCAGAGGCGAAACAAGGAAAUCCGCCGAGGAUCGAGACCCCGGUAGACCUCGGGCAUGAGGGUGGGGAAGGCCCGAUCGUGGCGGCGGAGUCGGGAGAGGCGGCGGCGACGAGCCAAGUAGCGGUGGCUUGAGCCGCGAAGGGGGCGGCGACAAUGGUGGCCGCAGGAGCAGGCGAGUCGGCUGCCUCGUCCAUCGGGCUAGGGCUGGAGAUAGGGCGUGCGGGCCAAGUUCACUUUGGGCCCAACAGUAAGGCGGGCCUGCUUCCGACCCCGAUGGCCCAAGAAAUGGCGGCCCGGCGGGGCAAAGAAAAAAUGACGGGCUAU